AAGUUGUGCCUGCAGUGCACCCGUAUCAUCUCUCCACCGUUAUUCUUUCCUGGCCAAAACCCUCUGUCUUCUCGCUCUCGGAUGCGCCGACUACUCGUCCGAUGGCGGCCGACGGUCUCCACGCCACCGCCCUCGCUGAGCAGUGCUCUCGCCUCUUUCCCUGCCUCGCCGAUCGAGUGAGGAGAUCUAAGUGGGGGCUGAAGGUGGCGCUAGUGCUGCUUCACGUGAUCUUCGUGGGUGUUCUGUUCCUCUUGGAUGCCGAUUUGAUACGGAAGACUAAAGAGGAGCCUUGGUACACUGCAAUAUAUUUGGGUUUUCUUGUGGCGACAUUAGUUCAAUAUUUUUUUACAUCUGGUUCUUCCCCAGGGUAUGUUGUUGAUGCAAUGAGAGUUGGAAAUGAAAUGUGUACAACUUCUGUGAACUCUCCAAUGCUUUUAAAUCAAUCUAUUUCAAGAAAUAAUAGCUUCACUUCAUCCAUGAAUCGCAACCAGCUGGGGAGACGUAAUUACGGAAUGAAUUCGUCAUCAUGGUUAAAGCUAGUGAUGGACCUCUACCCUCCCGGAUCAUCCAUCAGGAACUGGACUUGCACUUACUGUAAUAUAAUUCAGCCUCCACGCUCGAAGCAUUGCCAUGAUUGUGACAAAUGUGUCCUUCAGUUUGAUCAUCAUUGUGUGUGGCUAGGAACUUGCAUUGGCCAAGGAAAUCAUUGCCGAUUUUGGUGGUACAUUUUUGAAGAAUCAAUUCUGUGUACAUGGACUGUUGUAUUGUACAUUGACUUGUUGAGUUCAAAAAUCAUCAAGGAUUGGUGGAAGGAGCUUUUUGUGAUAGUGCUGUUAGCAGCAUUGAUCUUUUGCCUUGUCUUUCUACUUCUACUUCUGCUAUUUCAUAGUUACCUAGUGUUGACAAACCAGACUACUUAUGAACUGGUGAGAAGGCGACGCAUUCUAUACCUGAGGGGAAUUCCUGAAAGGGUUCAUCCAUUUAGCAGAGGCAUUUGUAAGAACUUGUAUGUCUUCUGCUGCUCCAGAGAUGGCAAAUAUUCCAUGGAAGCAGUCCCCACAAUGGAGGAAUUGGAAGCCAAAGCAAGACCAUAUACCUGUAUGGACAUCAUGUCCUGUCGGUGUUGUUGACAAGUGGAUUGGCUUUUUAUUUCUAUUUUUUUUUUUUUCUGAUGCGUCGUAGCAUUACAUUUUUCAUUCUUUUCAAUAUUAUUGUUGUGUGAAAAAUAUAUAGAUUUCAGGCUGCAGUUUUCUUAGUCUUAUUACGAGGUGUUCUAUCUUUUUUUUGGGUCGAUGCCUGGAGCCUCUGCUUCUUGAUCUUUCCCUGGUAUCCGACGGGUAAGUUGUAUGGUGUCAUGGACCACAAUUUCAUAUAUUAGACAUCUGAGUUUUAAACAGAAUUCUUGUGCUUCUUUCUUGGUGA